UGACCUCCGUCCAGUGCCAGGCCGCUCAUGGAUCAAGCGGUCCCCACGCAGGCCCCCUGCGUCACCUGGCUGUCCCUGGCCCACCAGGACCUCUCGGAGAUCCCCUACGAGGUCAUACUGGAGCACAGCUGUCGUCUGGAGGCUCUGGACCUGAGCUACAACCUGCUGGUGGAGUAUCCUUUGUCUGUGCAGCGCCUGGAACAACUCCACACCCUGAACCUGGACCGGAACCAGUACACGUCCCACGUCAAGUUCCCCUUCAUGCCCAGCGUCACGGCCGUGUGCAUCAACCAGAACAAGAUCCACAACCUGCCCGUGUUCGUGGACGAGAUCGGCCGCAAGUUCCCCAACAUCAAGAUUCUCUGCAUGAUGAAUAACGAAGCCGCUUCGAGCUAUUUCAACGGGGGAAGUUUGACCCAGUACCAAGAUUAUAGACAGUACGUCAUCAGUCAGCUGCCAGCGCUGGAGCUCCUAGACGACACGGUGGUCCUGGAGAAGGAGAGAGCCCAGGCCCGCAAGACCUACCGCAUCCAGCAGAGCAGCCAACAUGGCCGAAAAAGGCGGGAAGUUCAUCGAUGACAGUUGUCUCGAUCGGCCCGGACAAGGACUUGUUGUGAUUGGGUUAGCACACACACUGCAAUAUGUUACACUUAGCCAGAUAGACUAGACAAGGCUGUACUUUGAAAUGACCAAAUCAUGUAAUAUAAUUAUAAUAGAUUGAAUGUCAAGCCAAUUUUAUUUCUGUAGCUCUUAAUCACAGUUACAGUCUCAAAGGGCUUGUAUGUCGUUAUGUGUAUCGUCAGUGAGCUGUUUGGUUUAUUUUUGUUUAUUUGUAUGACUAUAUAAUGAAUAUUCUGCCGUUGUCUGUAUUGAAUAAAGCAGUCGGGAGAGCAAUGAACAGCGUCAUGUCCGUGUGUUUGACGGCACAGAGAGA